AUGAGCACAUCGAUAGCCAGCUCGUCAGCAAGACCGAUGGCGCCUGGCGAUAGUACGUCAUCCUGCCUCGACGUCGAAACGACCAACUGGAACGCAGUCAAGAUCCUCGCCGUGCAGCAAGGGAUCCCGCUCCGCUUGUUGGAGACCAUCCGUGAUGCUGUCACCGCCGAAGCCAACGGAUAUCCCGCCGACCAUGACUUUGGCUUGGAGACGCCCUUUCACAUCACAGCUGCAUUCCUCGACACAGGCCGUGUCAUCUUCCGAUUCCGCUCGCGUCAGCCUGUUCCCUCACCAUCUACCAAAGUCGGUGCCGCCGACAUGGCUGUGAUGCCUCGCUCCAGCUCUUCUGGUGCCAUCGUCUCCCAGUCAGCCUUGGACUCAGCAGAUUCACAUCAGCUCGCACCAAAGGGCACCCUCGCUAGCGGACUCUUCCGCAAGACGGGCAAUCUCAGUCUGAAACACUCGAGAUCGAUUCCUGUUCUGCGUCGCAAAGCGUCGGCAGGCUUGGCUUCCUUCAAGCUGAGUGGUGCAGGUGCUGGGCCCUCCGCUGCGGCACCUUCGGCUUCCUCCUCCUCUUCGAAAUCAGCUACUCGCUAUCCAGGCGAUGCUCGUUUGCCAGUUCGAGCUCUGCCGUUGGCCUCUUCGUCUACAUUCGCUUUCGGCAGCAAUGGCGAGAGCAUGGCCCGUACCGGCAGCACGCCUAUCAACGGUGCUUAUGCCAAUCGCCUCGGUACUGAUCACAUCUCGGAAGGCGAUGUGCUCGGAGCAGUUCUUGGACUCGGACAAGCCGAGUUGUGGGCAGACGCGCAGGCCGACGCUCAGUCACCUCGAUCCCCAAGCGGAUCGUUGGGACCUUCUUCACUUCAUCCAUCCCCGCCACCUCAGCUGCAAUUGCCUCAGCUCAGCUCUGACUCGCUUUUCCGCUCGCCUCGUUUGCACCAACUCAGAGAGGCGCAAUCCUUCGAGUCCAAUGCAUCCGACACCACCACUCGCGCCACAGAGGACAACCAAAUCGACAUCGAGUGCUAUCCAUCCGACAUGCAUCCUUUCUUGCGCAAGGAGGCUUCCGGUGCAACCAGCUACGACAACAAGUUCCUCAUUUUCGACGUCAUGCAGUGCUACCAGCGUCCAUCGCUCAUGCCGUCUCAUCCUCAGCACGGACAUCCGCAGGCACGAAAGCGCAGCGUGGGGCCAGCAUCGCCACCUGUCCAUUCUGAGGCAGAGUUCGACACGUCAGCUCACCCAGCCAGUCUCAUCGAGCAAGCACAGGCACUACCUACAUCCGCUGCGCCAGGCGAUGAUCAAAGAUUUGCUGUCUGGGCUGUUCGCAGCGAGAAGAAUGAUGGCACUUUCCUCGUCAGCAACCGCUUUGGCCAGACGGACGAAGAACAGAGCUCCGAGCAUGCCUCGCCCGCCAACAAAUCACCCACAUUCACCACCAAGCGUCGAAAGCGUAGGAGCCCUCUGCCUUUUGGCGAUCGUUCUACUGCCAACGACGAUUCCUCUGCAUCUGUCCCGCCUGCAAAUGCGGCAUCGUCGACCAAAGGCAAAGCCAUGCUGCUGGCUGCCUCCGCAGCGCGCCUUGUCGCUGAGCUGACCGCCGAGAUCGACCUCGAUCUGCGUCGAGACUUCUUCUACACGUACCGCGAGUUCAUGACCCCUGCGGAUCUGCUCGAGCUGCUCAUACUCCGCUUUGAGUGGGCAGUAUCGCAGCCGAGUUCAGUUGAAGACGAAGCGCGCCGUCGCAUCGUGCGAGUUCGCACCUACGUUGUCCUCAAGCACUGGCUGCAGCAUCACUUUGACUUCGACUUCCUUCCCGAUCGCGCUCUCCGACAACGUCUCGCCACCUGGCUCAACUCCAUUGCAAAGGACGAGCGUGUCACAAAACGACCCGCAGAUCUCAACAUCGUCAACAGCCUGCGUAAGAUUGUCCGGGGACUCAAAGAGACUUAUUCUCAGUCUGGUGUGGGCGGUCUCCUGUUGCACGAUGCCGGUCGCGUAGUCGAUACGAAGACUAGCAGCGUUUCCACUUUCGGCUCAUCGUCCCAUGAUUCCGAUCCAGGCGGCGGCACUUCUUCGAGCACCAGGUCGGACAAGGAGGUUGGAAUGACAAGCUCCGUGUCAGGAUCGUCCAUCACCGAAGACGUCGAUCUCGACUUCAACGAAGAUCAGAGCUCGCUCGACUCUCCUCAGAUCCGAUCGCCUCCGACUCAGCACAGUCAGCGAUCAUCUGGCGAAGCACGAGGCGAUCCGUCGGAUGCGAUGCUUGCUGCCGCGCAGAAGGCCUCCGCAGAGUCUGUGCUCGUGUCGCAUCGGCACACGCUUGCACCUUCCUCGCUGCAGCAGUCGCGAUCCCAGGCCCCGGCUGCGAGCUCGUCACCCUUUGCGCUGCCGCACACGUCCAAUGCAUGGUCUCGUGCGGUCGUCCACACCGUCGGUCGUCUUUCCAAAUUCAAGCGCGCGAUUGGAGCUCGAGGAAUGGGCAUGGACAGUCAUCCCGAGCUUGACAGCGAAGCAGAGGAGUGCAGCGACCUGCUCUUUGCGAAAGGAGGUCUCGACAGUCUUUUGCAGUACUUUGCUGCUGAGCAAGCCAGGCGACAGUCGUUGGCAGCUUCACGUAUGUCGAGGAUUCCCCAGCAGCGGCCGCUCCCGCGGACGGAAGAGGCAGACGAAGAAGAGGAAGGCUUGGCCAGUCAAGCAUCCGAGGACAGCACUGGCCAAGAGGAGACGCCCAGUCUAGCAGGCGCGUCCACCAACCGCUCGACCCCAGCCAGCUCCAUUGACCUCACGGUGCUCUCAGAUCAGCACGCAUCGCAUGGCCACCAGAGCGCGCACGGUCUUGGCAUUGGUAUUGGCCAACGAGAGCAUGCCGGAUCGGACUUCUCGACUGCGACGCACGGUCAUGACGCCCUCAGACUGGACUCGACGCGCAUGCAACCUCUCAGCUCGCUGGUUCGAGCCAAAGCAGAGGGCGAGGACCACCUCCAUCAUGCGACUAGCGAGCAGACGCUCAGGUCCGUGUCGCGCAUGCCUGUCGAGCAAUCCUCGCAAGAGUCAGCUCCGAUGACGAGAACUUCAGUCCGUCGAGGACCUUCCACGCGCGACUCGGUCCUGAGCAAUGGCGCCCCACGAAUUGUGCAGAUUGACGAUAUCGACCUCUCCAGCGACGAGGAUGACUUUGCCGUCAGGAAAGCGCUCAGGCGUCUGCCAGGAGCCAGAGACCUGCGCCAGGCGAACACGAUCAAGGACCUCGAGCCACAUCAGCAGCUCCAGUCUGGCCGCGAGAGCGUCGAUUCGAUGGCAUCCUCCAUGUUCCGACACCCGGGCGCCCCGCAUCGCCUCCAGAUGGGUUCUUUCAGCCACGGUCACGCUCGCGGGGUCAGCGUCGACAGCGCGCUCUUUCUCCCUGGCCAGCUCGGUUCCAUGCACCUGGCUGCGCCGGCAGCACCGCCCGUCAUCACCACCGUGCAGUCCGAGAUGCUGGACCCGGACGAGGCCUUGCAAGGCUACGAGCUUGUCAAAGGGUUCCGACUCGACGACAUCGAAAGCGACGACGAAGAACCUGGUGGCGUCGAAGCGGCUUUGCUUCGACUCGAGGGUAUCAUCGACGAAGAUCGUCAGAAGGCAAAGGCGAAGCGAGUCGAGCGCAUGUGGCAACGAUCCAUGGCGCGCAAUGCGAAGAAGGACGCUCUCGGAGACAGUCAGGACAGCGUCGUCACGCGCCGCAGCCAAGCAUCUCUGCGUUCACAGGGCGAUCGCACGUGGUCGUCCUCGCUGACGGGCGGUUCACUUGCCGAUGUCGAAGAUGCCGCUUCCAUCGCCUCUGUCCAUCCCUGCGACCUUUCUGUGGACGGGUCACUCCAGAAGCAUGCCAAGCCGAUGGCCCAUCACCAGCCACGCAUUCGGCCACAGGCUUCGUUCCUGGAUUUGCAAGACGGCAGCUCUGCAUCCGAGUCUGGCGAGCACGAAGAGCGUAGCCAGGCUACAGUGCCUCAAGAGGAAUCGCAGCAGCCUUCCGCGGAAGCUUUCUCGUCGUCUAGGCCGCUUGACGCCGCUGGGAUAGACGCCACUCCUGCGCAGCGAUCUGCAGCGAUCCAUGCCUCGAGACAAGCUGCGUCUCCGACAAAGACACCGCAACCAGUCCCCGGUCGUCUUUUGUCUCCCAAGGCUGGCUUGGCAGCUCCCCUCCCCUCCCAUCGCUCCUUCUUGCUGUCCUACCGGACCGAAUCGGUGGCGCGUCAGAUGUGCUUGAUUGAAGCAGAGUUGCUGCGAUCGGUCUCGUGGGACGAGCUAGCUUCCCCGAGAUGGCGCGAACGUCGCUAUGGCGCCGAGGUGACUGACUGGGAGGCGUUCUACCGCGAUCGUGUGCGCGACCGUCUCGAGGCCCAGCGUCAAGGCGAAGUAUACCACGAACGUGCCGUCGAAGCCAUUGUCGCACGCUUCAAUCUCACCUCGAACUGGGUGGCCAGCGAAAUCGUUCUCACGCACAAUCUCGAGGAGCGCGCCGCGGUCAUCUGCAAGCUGAUCCGCGUAGCCUGGAAGUGCUAUUUGCAGUCCAACUUUGCCUCGCUGGCGCAGAUCAUCUUUGGCCUCAGCACGCCAUGGGUCCAGAGGCUGCGUCGAACGUGGAGCCGGGUCGGCUACUUCGAGAUGCGCAUGUGGCGAGACCUCAACUCGUUCGUCGGACCUCGUCACAACUUCCGUCAUCUGCGCAAUGCCAUGCUGCAGCUGGCCGAGAGCAGUGCGGGCGAGAGCGGUCCCGGUGCCUCGAGCGCAGGCUCUAUGGCUACCGAAGCGGCUCAGAGCGCGCCGACGCGAGGCUGCAUUCCUUUCUUUGGCCUAUUCGUCUCGGACCUGAUGCAGUACGAUUCGAUGCCGACCCUUUUGGAUCCCACGUCGCCGACGAUGGCCGCCACCACCACCACUUUGGCCGCCGAUGGCAAGGUGCGACUAUACCCUGCGAACCCUCACGCAUUUGCCGACUUGGCUCCCCUGCCUCCAGGCGUACAACUUGAGCCGCUGGUCAACAUGCUCAAGUUCCGCAACGUCGCCGAGGUGAUCCGCCAAAUCUCUGCAUUCCAGAACGCGGCCAAGAACUACGCGGCCGUGUUCGAGGCGGAGAAGGGCGCUUACGUGCGUUGCUUGAAGCUGCGAUGUCUGCCCGGCGAGCUGCUGGCUCGGCUGAGCCAUAUGAUUGAGCCUUGA